CCUUGCUGCUGGCUUCGCUGAGACGCGCUCGCGUGGGCUGUCCGCCCGGCCCGCUGUGGUAUGAAGGGCGCUGUGGGGAGCCCCGUGGCCGCUGCCGGUGCCGUGAUGCAGGAGAGUUUCGGCUGCGUGGUGGCCAACCGCUUCCAUCAGCUGCCGGACGACGAGUCGGACCCGUUAGACAUCCUGCGCGAGGCCGAGCGCCAGCAGCAGCUGCAGCGCAAGAGGCGCGAGGAGGCGGCGGGGCGGCCGGAGGGAGUCGCAGAAGGAGCGCAAGACCCUCCCGGCGCCUGGAGCGCAGGGGCCCGACAGCCCUGGGGGUGGCCUGCAGGCGCCGGUAGGCCAGAAGCGGACUCCUAGAAGAGGGGAGCAGCAAGGAUGAAAUGAUAGCUGUGGGCCCGAGGGGACGCUUGAAAGAGCCGAGCAGAGACCCUACAGGGAAUACCGACCCUAUGAGACCGAGAGGCAGGUGGACUUCACAGCUGAGAAGUUUGUAGAUGAAAAACACAGGAGACACCGAACAGAGUCUUAGACUCUGAACCAAACUCAAAAAGAACAAAAAAAAUCAGAACAAACUUUAAAAAAGCAAAAAAAAUCAGAACACCCAACAACAUCAGUGUUUUACUACGGGAAGGAUAAGAAAAUAAAUUCAAAUCGAAAGAAUGAACAACUUGACAACAACUCCAUGGAUCCAAUCCAAGAGAAGAAUCAAAAUCCAACCAAAUUGGAACCAGCUUCAGAGAAGGACAAAGACCUAGACAUCCAUGGAGAGAACUCCAUGGAUCCAAUCCAAGAGAAGACUCAAAAUCCAACCAUAUUGGAACCAGCUUCAGAGAAGGACAAAGACCUAGACAUCCAUGGAGAGAACUCCAUGGAUCCAAUCCAAGAGAAGAAUCAAAAUCCAACUAUAUUGGUAGGAGCUUCUGAGAAGGACAAAGACUGAGACAUCCAUGGAGUUUUCUCCAUGGAUCCAAUCCAAGAGGAGAUGAAUAAAAACCAAGACUCAGAUAAAGAAACUUCACAGGAGGAUGACUUAAAAUCAUGUGAAGAAUACUCAGAGGAGGACGAAGACACAGAGUCUGAAAGAUCUAAAGAUAGAACAUGGAAAAAGGAUCUCAAUUGAUUGUUCAUAGUCAGUUACAGAUCGAACUCUUUGUUCUACUCUUUCCCCACUUCUCACCACUGUACUUGACUCGUCUGAAAAAAAAAAAA